GCCAGAAUUGAAUUAAAUUUACAAUUAGAAUUAGACUUAGAAUUAGGGAGCUCACUACUCAAGGCCAGGUGGGCAGGGCAUGUUCAGCAGCAUCUCAACUGUGAAGGUAAUUUCCAUUUACAAUCCCCAGUCCUGUGCCCACUGGUCUCACCCGCGAUGCUGCUCACUCUGCUCUUCUCACCGCAAGUAUCGUGAGCUAGUCGCAGCCAAGCCGUGACGGUGAAGCCAGCUCGAUGACGAGGACCUUACCGCAACAGUACUCCGUACAGUAUUAUGGCACCAUGGCGCUGCUAGUUGAGUUUCUUGCGAAAACUUCUGGCUGUUGACAUCACAGACUAGACUAGGAGCGGAGCUCCAACUGCGGCAGAGGUGUGCCGGCAGGACGGAGAGAGGGCGAUGGCUGGCAAGAAUCUGGAGGCUUGACUACUGGACCUCUAUGAUCAACAAACGUGCUGUGCCCUGAAGAAAUGAGGAUAAGGAGGACCUCGGGAGCUUGGAAUUGCUCGUUCCAGCUGCGCUGCGCUGCGCUACCAGUGCGCCGGUUCACCCCCUCGGGCGACCCUGCAAUUAAACACCGUAGCUUGGGGCUAUAAUAGUGGCCAGCCUAGACUUCAGCAUCAUCGUGGUGACCGCGUGGAGACUAAACUGAUGCGUCGGCCGUCAGUCUUCAAGCGGUACUAGCUACAGUGGAGUGGCGCUUGGCUGGGACAAUAGUGAAGACCGAUGCGACUCUUUUUUGGAGUUCGGAGAGAGGAGGGGAUAAUGAGGGAGGGAGGGAGGACAUGCAGGCAAGCGGGUUGUGCACAGGCGUCCUGGAUAUGCAGAACGGAUGUUCUUCGCUGCCCGCUCCUGUGCUGCUGCUGCUGCUGCUGCGUUUCCUGCAGGCGGAUAGUGGCUAGUGGAUGGAUUGCGCGCCUUUGAUCUGAUUGAACGGCUCUGUAUCGCGCUGCAGUAGUUCAUCCGCAAUGCAGGCCGUGUUGGUAACUUUUCCAGUCACUUGUGCUGAGCUGUGCCCCUCGACCCUCGAAUCGGAGACCUCCUCCACCCAGGCUCGAGCAUUCGAAGUUGCGACUCGACCACGAGAAAGACUUUCUUACGGUGCUGAUAAGUUAAUUGCGACAAGAAGGAAUAACCUACUCGAGGGCCGCCCUCUUCAAAGCGGGAAGUGAAAUGGGAGCCAAAACAAAAACAGUCCUGAAGCACAUCUCCGCUCCCUUCCGUACGUAAUUCUGCAAACGAGGUUGCAACUGUUUUUGCUAAUUUCCUUUGGGCUGCUGGUUGCCAACAGAAAGGCGAGGCGCUGCCCGCGCUGCCACAGACGUAAGUUCAUGAUCCAGCCCUGGUGAUAGGAUGAGGAUUACGACGACUGACGAGCCAUCUAUCCUGUGGCUCUUUUGUUCUUUGCCCCGGGCAUCCGAAUGUCUGCUUGAUAGAAGAUCAGUAGAGUACAGUAGAGCCUGGGUUGCAGAUGCCAUGCUGCGUUUAGCUCAGAUGCAAUGCCACGCAUCCGUCUUCUUGAGCUCGAACGCCUCUUUGUGUUCUCUGAGGACUGGGUCAAGGAUUGGAGACUUGAAUUGAUCGUGUGAGAGUGAGACUUUUCGCCUGCGUCUUGUUCAAUUGUCAUGGCUCUGCCGUAUUGCUCAGACUUCCCUUGUCGGACUGGACCGAUUCAAUUUAUUUUACAAGUGCGCAACACUCCCAUGUCGUCUGUUCGACUUCCCUGAUCCCGGGUUCCCAUGAUAGACCCCUGCACCAGAGGGACAGGAACAUCUGCAGAAUGAUGUCGGAAGUCCCUCUUACUCGAGGUAUACGGUUCUCCUGCUAUAUCAAGACCUAUAGCACAUUUCUGUUGCGAAAUCUCUUCGUUCAUAUUCUCCGUUAUUGGUCUUCUCUUGUCGUCCUGGACUGCCUCGUCUUCCGGCAGCCAGCUGUACAGUAGAGCCGGCCCCCAAGAGAAUACACCUCAUUGUUCGGUCCACUUUCUGUUAAUCUGUGCCUGUGCACCUGGCUUGGCUCAUUUGUGUGGAGCACGAGAUGAGCUGCAGUAGUGCGCUCUGAUAACGAUUUUACUUGGAAUGCCCCAGGAGACUGUCUUGGAGGGUUCCAGGUCCAGGACACCGGCUCGAUGUGUCGUCAAAUCGGGUUGGUCUGUUUUGUGAGGUUAUCGUUUUCUCUCAAGAUCGAAGGACCUGCACAUCAUCAUCGGCUAUUAGUUCUCUCUCUUUAGCCAAUUGGUAUAAAGCCCCGAAAGCGAAUGACGGUGGUGGUAUGUGUUGGCGAAGUCACUACUAUCACGCGCCGUGCCGCUGAAGUUUUCAAUUUCCCAGCAUGCAUAGUGAUGCGCAUAGCGGCCCAAAUACCCCGGGCGAGCAUUUAGAUCCCACCUGACUACAGAGCGUUCUGAGAGGGAAAAUAACUCCAAAUACGGGCCUCUGCAAGUGUGAGACUGGAUGCCUUAUCUCCACCUUGGAGCCAUUGUCGUAGCCUGCGGUCCUGUAAUAGGUUUUAAUGGUUUGGGCAGGCAAAAUGAAGAUCGCCCACCACUCGAGAAAUUUCGGUUGACCGGGAGAAAUUAUCGAAGAAAUACCUGAAACGCCGGUAUCCUGAUAUCACUCACUCUGAGUCCAAAUUCGGCCAUUAAUUAAGUGACAAUGGUAGCCCAAUGCAGCGAUUAUGAUGAACAUCUUAUUUCUCGACCCAAGCGUCUCGCUAUCGACUUUUAUCGGAGAAAGCAGCUCUUUGCCCCGACAAUCCGUAGGCUCGGGUGAGUUCCUAAAGUACACCAAGGGAUCCUGGCAUGGCGCAGAAACAACCGGCUGGAGCUGUCGCAUCCCGAGGCUCAGCAUCGCCCGUGUCGAAUUAGCAGGAGGCGAGCUCAGGAUCUUAUUCCAUUCCAACAAGAAAGUUUGGAUCUCAUGAUCUGUUUCUUUUGAGGUUUUAUAAAAUGUCUCGGAGACGGGGAGAGUAACCAUGAAGAUCCUGUCGAAAUCGAAAUGAGAAAUUCAAGGAUCGCUCGUGUCGCCAUCUUGUGCCUGAGCCCGGCUCUCAGGGAUCUCAACAUUCCGUCCGCUCAGCUGUAUGAUCAACCCAUGGCCACAAGUACACCCACAGCUUCCACCAUCAAGGGCGAGCCUUCCAUGGGAUCAUGCCUCCUGCAAGGCUGCGAGCUGUCAAUCAUACCUCACAUCUCGUUCGGGGUACAACUUGCGGCUCAUAUGCCUUUAUUUCAGCGCAUGGCAAGGUUCCCAAAGCACAAUGCCAUCUAUUCGAGACCGUGAGCGACCAUAACAAUGAUUAUGCCAGCUGCUGCUUUUCGAACCGCAACUAAGCAAAGAAAUGACAUCGCCCAGCCGUGUUGAAGAAAGGAGGAUUCUGCUCUGCUUUGAUAGACCGUUCGUCUUGUCCUUCGCUUCCCCGAAAUAAAAAGUGAUCGAUUAGGUUUAGGCUAGUAACCCGCCCUUCCCAGCCUGCUGGUAAGGCCUCGCUUUAGCGUGUUCACAACGUUCGCCAUGCCCCAUCCCGAGAACCGUUCCAGUCUCAAACAACGAAAAUGCUGGUUUUCAGACGGGACCGUGCCGCGGUGUAAGCACAGUCAAGUUACCCAGCACCAACCAAUUGCAUGUGGCGGUGAUGAUGGCCUGCUCGCCGGAGGCCAGUGAACCUCCCUGGAGCUGCAAUGGAGAUUCCAAUAGGCACUUGGCAUGUUCUGAGACAGGAACCCACGGCAGAAUUGAUCAAGCUCGGGCAAGUCUGGCACGAGUAGUCAAUGCAGCGCGAAAAGCACAUCAUCAUAAAUCAUAAUCGACCAUGUUGCCAGCCUCAAAAAUAUUACUGCGGCUGCAGGAACAGGGCGAACGAUUGUGGAAGAGGUGAGCGAACCAUCCGGCAGUCCUCCUACCGUAUCCACAUCGAACAAGGCAACAAGAUGGGAUGAGGCGUACAGAAGCGUCUCGAUUGGGUUCCCUUUCCAACAUCUGCAUGCUAAUCCCCGCACAUGCAUUUACCACGUUGAAAGCAAGUCGCAUGAGCAUACAGUCAUGUGUUCCUCGUUCUGUACUGGAGCACACACAACCAAUGAACAGAACGCAAGAAAUUUGUAAUCUCAACAAAGGGAUCGAGGCCCUAUCAUUCUCUGCUUACAAUAAGCAUGAGCCUCUUUGUCUUUCCCGGCCUGAGCCCUCUUCUGAUGCUGAUCUCGGAGCAGGAGUCUAAUUCCAAAAUCCAGAAUCAACUCGAGUUCGGUCAUCGUCGUAGGGCGACUUAUUUCUCCUCCGAAUGUCUCAUUCUGCCACUAUAAAUUUUCGGUAUCAAGCACAAAAAGAGUCAUUUCGUAAAUGCAAAUGCAUGACAAUGAUACAACUUCGUCCCAGUCGCAGCAGAUAUUGGGUUCUCUUAUGCAAGCAUGACCAGCGCAGGCCUCGUCACGUGGUUUCCGCGGCCUGGCCUUACCUACCUUUAGGCAAGGUAAAUUACCUAGGUAGACCAGGACCCAGGCCUCGUGCCCAAAUAAGGGCCAAGAUUAAGUUUCAAGAGCCCUCCGGACAAUGGUCGGGUUGAUACCCGGUGUGUCGUCUUUCUGCGUUGGGGCGUUCUUGCGCGCAUGAAGUGAUGUGAUGUGAUUGUGAUGUGAUAGCGCUUAAGCAGGUGAUGGGGCACGGCUUCGAGGCAUGGGCAGGUAGUGUCGCUGCGCUGUCGCAAGAUCCACAGCUACAGUGCUCUAGUCCAGAAACAAGUAAAGCAGCACAGCAGCGCGAUGAUCAGACCUCAUGAAGUCUGUAUUAUUGAUUUGAGUUCAAAUUGGCGGUCAGUGAACACUUUCUGAUGGAUGCCGUGAAUUUCGGCAGGAUAUGGAUCUUGAACUUGUGGCAGGGGCAUUGCGGUGAGCAAUCCAUGCAGAGCUGCAUCAAUCUCUGCGGUGUGAUCAUGUACGAAAUGAACGUCAAGAGCUGACAAGCUCUGAAACGGGAACACCCCCAUGAGUUGCCGGGACAGCAGGAACAAUCCAAGAUUCGGAAAAACUGGCACAACGUAGAUCAACUGUUGACUCCUUUGCGCUUCUUCUCUCUUCCAAUUCCAAGGGGACGCCCAUAUUGCGACACCUUCCUUUCAUUCAACAUUUGGUAUCCGAAAGCUCCCCUCCCAGCUUUUUGGAACUUUCUCUGGCAUGAUUUUGGUAUUUGAGUAACGCCCCAAGCAACAGUGAUAACGCCAUUACGGCACAAAAAGUCAAAACAUUCUUGGGGGAUCUGGCUCCAAUCUGGGGAACCUCUCGGAUGAAAGCCAUGAUACCCUUGGUCGUCGGGAUGACGUGUUCGGAUGUAAUGCUUAUUUUUCAAAUUGAUUUUUCCAUAUCUACUUUGAGCUCAAACGUCAAGCGGAACCCUGGGGAGAGAUUUCGAAGACAAACUUUCACUGUAUUGGGCAGUCUCGGCGAAUAUCAACUUGAAAAAUGCUUGCUCUUUGGCACAUAAGCUUCCCAAUAUCUCCUAAUGAAGCCGCAGAAAACUCAAUAUCGAGUUUUCGGAACUCGAAAUGCGGUUCCUGCAUCGUCACGAUGCUGUCUUCUUCAUCUGAAGAGCAUGAAGAGAUAGAAUGAGAAAACUGAAGUGUUCGUAAGGACGAAAGGAAAGAAUCCGUCCUCCUUCUGUGCAACCUACGAUCAGAUUCACAAUGGAGAGUGGCACAACCAAGACCAAGACCAGCAAUAUAGGCAGAACCGAUCGGAAUAUCCGUCACAACAUCCAUACAUUAAAGACACAGCAGAACUCGCGCCAUCAUCAAUGGAAAGGUUGGUAGGUAUAUAUCUUUCACCAACAGACCUUUGCGGAUGAUGGAAUGUCGGGAGCGAUGGAAAUAUGGAUCGGGACUGAGGCCCGACUACCGAGCCUAUGGCCACAUCGCGACAACGAGGAUAUUGCCAACCAGAGAUGAUAUAGUUGAGGCUCGCCUUUCGCAAAGAAAUCAAAUGGUGCAUUGUUAAGUUGUAGAAGAGACAUUCCCCACCGUCGGAGUUUAUUUCUUCGCUUCCGAACACGACCCACUGUUCAGAUCGGCUAGCGAGUGACCACACCUAGCUCCCCCGCGAUGGCGUUCAUGUUCAACAAAAGAUCGAGCUCGCUCCUUUCCUGGUGGCGUUGGGUUAUUUCGUUCCUUCUGCGUAGAAAGCCAGCAAUAAUGUCUUCAUCGUACCAACGAUGGGCCGUCACGGAGCCCUAUCUGGACCUUCAUUGUUCUCUUGGCGAGGGGCCAUACUACGAGGAGGCCACGAACCGAUUGCGUUUUGUUGACAUCAUCAAAAGACACCUGCACACCGUCGACCUGAGCGUUGGGCCAAAGAGUCUGAAGACCUUGCAUUUUGAUAUGCCAGUCGCUGUAACGGCUGACAUCGAUGGAGUUGAUCCGGAAAAGAAGAUUUUGAUUGGGGGAAAGAGUGGGGUGUACAUAUUGGACAGAGAGACUGGAAAGUAUGAUUUGUUGAAGAGGUUUUUUGACAGCGAGGAGAAGGAUGAGAGAUUGCGGAGUAAUGACGGUGCCAUUGACCCACAAGGAAGAUUCUGGGUUGGAACCAUGAAUGACUUCUGGGUCGGAGAACCGCAAGCUGAGGGCUCUCUCUUCCGUUUCAAUUCGGACUUGAGUCGAAAGACGCUGCGGUCUUCCUUGACCAUACCCAAUAGCAUAGGAUGGUCCAUAGACCACAAGACCUUGUACUUUACACACUCGACCGAGAAACGUAUCAUUGCAUUCGACUUCGACGCCUCGACUGGGGACAUCACCAAUGAGCGAGUCUUUUGGCAACAUGAUGGCAAUGGAGAUCCAGACGGAUUCAAAGUCGAUACCGAAGGAAACAUUUGGCAGGCGAUCUAUGGUGAAAGCCGAGUCUUGAAAAUCUCCCCAGACGGAAAAGUCGUGGGAGAAGUCUCUUAUCCCACCAAGUGCAUCACAUGCCCUGUCUUUAUCGGAACAGAACUCUGGGUGACGACCGCGGAUGACCAUGACAAGACCAAGCCAUAUGCUGGUGCCAUCUUCAAGGUCGAUGUUGGUGUUGGAGGGUUGAAGGAGUUUAAAUUCAAGUUGGAUAAGGAAAUCCCGGGAUUGUAG